CAGCAGCCAGCCAUACUUUGGGGCUUUUUUGGAACCUUAUUUACAGUUGUAUUGAUGACAUGGUUUUGUCUCAAGCCUGUAGUCACAAAGACUCUAUUAGGUCGUUAUCUUGGGCAGAAAGAACUAGAGAUAUAUGAAUGAUUGGAUGGUUUUCAUUAUUUUGGUCACAUAAUACCAGUAUAGGUCAUUGUCCUAUAGAAUUUGGACAGUAGAUGUUUUUUAAUGCUGUUUAAAGAAACUGCUUAGGAAAUCUUUUUGCAGGGACUACUUGAAAAGGGUGCAGAAAAAGCCAAAGCAAUCUUUGAAAGAGAAUGAAUUUGAAAGACCUGAUUUUAAGGCUUAUAAAGUAAUAGUAAUCAUGACAGUGUGGUUAUUGUUAUAAAGGUAGACUAGUAGAUUCUGACAAUAGAGUCCAGAAAUAGACCUCAGUAUAUUACAGUCAGUUGAUAUCAGCCAAGAUAUUAAGUUAAUUCAGUGGGAAAAGGAGUCUUUUUACAAAUGGUCCUAGAACAACUGGAUGUAUAUAUGGGAAAAAAGUGACCCUCAACCCGUGUCUCACUCUUUACACAAACAUUAAUUCUAUAUGGAUCUUGGACUUAAAUGUAAAACCCAGAACAGUUUCCAGAAGAAACUAUAAAAGAAUAUUUUCAUGACUUUGGGAUCAGGCAAAGAUUUCAUAGAGCAACAAAAAAUGUUAAAUUGAACUUUAUCACAUUAAGAAACUUCUGUUCAACAAAAGACAACAUUAAGAAAAUGAAUUAAAAAAAAAAAAGAAAAUAAAUAGAUAAAUCACAGAUUGUAUGCAGAAUAUUUAAAGUACUCCUUCCAAAGAAAAACAGAAAGAUAGUCUCCUACAAAUCAACUUGAAGAGGCACCUCACAAAAGAAAAUAAUUAUAAAUGCUCAAUAAACACAUAGAAGAUGCUUGACACCUUUAAACACUAGGAAACUGUAAAUUAAAGGCACAGUAAGAGUAGAAUAGUAUAACCACUUUUAAAAACAGUCUAAGGAAUCUCCCCAGUGGCCUAGUGGUUAGGAUUCUGCGCUUUCACUGCCGUGGCCCAGGUUUAGUCCCUGGUCAGGGAACCUAGGUCUCACAAGCUGUGUGGUGCAGCCAAAAGGAAAAAGAAAAUAGUAUAGUAGUUCCUUUAAAGGUUAAACAUAGAGUUGCCAUGUGACUGCAAUUCUACUCUUUGGCAUAUACCCGAGAGAAAUGAAAAUAUAUGUCUAUACAAAACUUCUAAACCGAUGUUCAUAGCAGCAUUAUUCAUAAUAGUCAAAAUGUGGCAAUAAUGCAAAUACCUGUCAACUGAUAAAUGGAAUAACAUGAUAUAUCCAUAAAAAGAUGUAUUAUUGAGCCAUGAAAAGGAAUGAAAUAUUGAUACAUGCUAUGAAGUGGAUGAACCUCCAAAAUAUUAUGCUAAGUGCGUCACGGCCCAGCCAGCGGGAGCCGGGUUUGGAGAGUCCCAGGCAUUCGGAGAAUCCGGGUAGCCCUGGCUGGAGCGAUGUCCUGGAACCUGCGCACUGCUCUCAUUUUCGGCGGCUUCAUCUCCCUAAUUGGCGUCACCUUCUACCCCAUCUACUUCCGGUCCUUAAUGCGGCUAGAGGAGUACAAGAAGGAACAAGCCAUUAAUAGAGCUGGUAUUGUUCAAGAAGACGUGCAGCCACCAGGGUUGAAAGUGUGGUCGGCUCCAUUUGGCCGGAAAUGAGAAGACUAACACCACCUCUAAUGAUGCAAGUAGACAGACAUGCUUCCAGUUCUGCAGCAAGUGCAGUAAGUCACCUGGCUGGAGAACAGUGGCUGAGCAGAAAACUCUAGAAGGCCAUAAAGAGUCCUGUGCAUGAGGAUUAUGUCCCUUCUUAAAAGAACCCUGGAACAAAUCAUACUGUUAGGAGGGUUUUCAUGAUUUGGUUUCCUUUCUAAAAAUGAAGCUGUCUCACUCAGCUGGGCUUGAAGGCUAUCUACAUAUUAUUCAGUCUCUACCUCUUAGCCAGCCAUGCUGUGAUAUGCAUACAAGCAACCAGUAGACUGG